GGACGUCGCCGGAUCUACGACACCGGAAGUGCGACGCCGGAACCGGAAGCGCGACGUCGUAAGGACGUCGCCGGAACCGCGACGCCGGAAUCGCGACACCGGAAGUGAUACGCCGGAACAGGAAGUGCGUCGCAGGAAGCGUAUAUAAGCCGCCGGAACCGGAAGCGGCCCUCACUUCCGGUUCCGGAUGGAGCGGCCGGGCCGCAGUGAGUGCCCCGCUCUGCCCCCGGGCUGGAGGAAGGAGGAAGUGACCCGGAAGUCAGGGAUCAGCGCCGGGAAGUGCGAUGUCUACUACUACAGCCCCAGUGGGAAGAAGUUCCGGAGCAAGCCGCAGCUGGCGCGAUACCUUGGGAAUGCCGUGGAUCUGACCGGCUUCGACUUCCGGACUGGGAAGAUGCUUCCCAGUAAAGUCCAGAGGAGCAGGCAAAGAGGGAGGAAUGAGGCCGUCAUUCCCAAGGGAAAACCGGAUCUCAACACCACCCUUCCCAUCCGUCAAACAGCCUCCAUCUUCAAGCAACCCGUUACCAAGGUAACCAAUCACCCUAGCAACAAGGUGAGGGCCGACCCCCAGCGAGUCAUGGACCAACCGCGUCAGCUUUUCUGGGAGAAGAGGCUCCAAGGGCUCAGCGCUUCCGACGUCAGCGAGGAAAUCCUGCGGGCGAUGGAGCUUCCCAAAGGCCUCCAAGGUAUGUGUCCCGGUGCUGCCGCGGGUUCCCUGCUCCCAGCUGUUGCCAGCGCUCUGCACUCCAGCUCUGUGCCCAUCACUGGACAGCUCUCGGCUGCCGCGGAGAAGAACCCGGGAGUGUGGCUGAACACAGCACAGCCCCUGUGCAGAGCCAUCGUGGUCACCGAUGAUGAUAUACGGAAGCAGGAGGAGCGGGUGCAGGAGGUGAGGAAGAAGCUGGAAGAGGCUCUCAUGGCUGAUGUCCUAUCCCGAGCCGUGGACAUGGCAAAGGAUGGGGACAUGGAUGGGGAUCAUGGAGCCGAAGCAUAGGGAUGGAUCAGGUACUCGGGACCGGCUCAUCCCGGAGCAGAUCCCGAAGGAGCAGAGGCACUUUGUCCGUCGGACCCAUGCACAUUGACAUAGCUUUGGAUAGCAUUAAACCAACGCAAUUCCCACAUCCCGAUCCUGGGUGUAGAUAUCCUGCUGGAAAACAGCUUUAUUUUGUGUCCUCCGACCCAAAAUCCCCCUUUUUUAAGCACCGAAUCUCCCCCUUUUUACCUAAAAAGCUGAGCUUUCGACGCCAGGUUGUAAACCAACCGGGAUCCUGUACCAAGUACGUGUGAUUCCCGGUGGGAAACGGAUCAGGACCGGAUUGUUCCGGAAUUCAGGAAUGUUGUGACUCUGUACAUAACAGAUUUUUAUACCUGCGGGGGAAGGAGCCCGAGCGCAUCCCUGCGAACAGAAGUAAAGGAUUGAUGAUAUUC